AACAUAUCAUUAAAGUUCAUCGUAAUUUUGGAAAAAUCAAUGAAAUGAUUAUCAUGUAAAUCAUUCUUAUUUUAAAAUCAUUGCUUUAAUUUCCAAAAUGUUUUGGAUUGUGCGGACUAAAAAAAGCAAAUCUUUUUUCUACGACCAGCUCUUUUUUGAAUGACAUUUCUAAACUUCCUGUAAAAAAAAGCACAGGCAAAUAAAAAAGUUGCUGUAAAAAACGAAAUCACAGAUUUUCCAAAUCGAUGCCUCGUUAAAAUCAAGAGGUCAGUGACCUAUCUCUGGACCGAGGAGAAAGAAUAAUUAAUUUGAUUGUUUUUAUUAUAAUUUUAGAUUGAAAUUUUUGGUUUGGUGAAUUAUGAUUUCUGUAUAGAUUUAAUUGCAAUUUAUGUUUUAAUUAUUUUGCCUUUGUUAAGCUGUAAUUAGAUUUAUAUUAUUGCUAUUACUUAAGAUGGUUUUAUUCAAUCUACAAAAGUUUCGUUUGUUAAAAAAAUAUGGAUGAAUUUUGGUUUACAAAACCAAACUUUUGGUCCUUGUUAUUUAAAAUGAGAACGUUAACCUAGAAUCCCAGCAAAAUACUUAUAGCUUUGUAUUUAAAACCACAGAACUUUGUCUUAAUAAAACAGACGCAAAAAUUACUAAAUCUCUUAUCUGUGGUCCGUAUUUAUAACACGUCUGUUUAUUUCAGUCUAGCAAGUAACAUAACUGCCCGUUAGUCGUUAGACACAGUUUCUAAACCCUUAAAAAUACAUCGUAACAGAAACGGGAUUUGGCACAAGCUAUGACUUCCAUAAGUCCAAACCGAACUGAUUUUUGACGUACCGGAGUCAAACUUAGUGCUUAGUUUUGUUAGUGAAUCUUUAGUUUAUUCGCAAAUAUACUUACACUAUCCUUACAGUACUAUGCCAAUAUAAUAAUGACGAAAUAUAUCUGAAUAUAUACAGUAAGUUAAUUAAGUAAUUUCAAAAUUAAACCAGUGUUGUCUUCAGCGUGAAAAUCUCAGCUGAGGUCGCAGGUUCGAUCCCCGGUUGUGCAUCAAUGGACUUUCUGUCUAUGCGCAUCUAAUUUUUGCUCGAACGGUCAAGGAAAACUUCGCGAGGAAAGCGGCUUGCCUUAGACCCAAAAAGUCGAUUGGGUGUGUCAGGCACAGGAGGCUGAUUGCCCAUUAGAUCGAAAAAUGAUCAUGAAAUAGGUACAUAGUAGCCCAGACUCAAAACGGUAGCGCCAUUUAUUUUAUUUUAAGUUAACUCAAAAACCUUAAAAAAGACAUCAGAUGAAUCAAUCAUAAAGCUGACAUUGAAAUUAAUUGCGUGAAAUGUAAAACAUAUGUUGUUAUAAAAAUAAACGAAUAAAAAUAUUCUACCAACGACAUUCAUUAUUAUGCAUAAAAUGCGUUUUAACUUUUAAAUACGUAUCUCUCAUUGAUAUUGUCGAUGCCGAUUACGCGGAUUUUUUGCGAAUGAUUGAAUUUUAUUUACAAUUAACCCGGCCUCGGUAUCGCUGAGAGUGAAAGUGACGAUUAAAUGCCAUUUAAAAAUAAAACAGCCCGCCGCCAUAACACAGAAGUACCGAUAAUUUAUUUUUAAAAAAGUAUUGUUACAUUAUCGCUUUGUCGAAAAAUUUUAAUUCCCACUUCAUACCCAUUGUCCACACAAGUAUUGCGUUGUUUACGGGUUACGUAGCUAAAGUUCGUUACAUAGGAAAGUAAGGCGUGAACAAAAGAAAUGUCUUGAAGGUUAAGAAGCCGCCCAAAGAAAGCUUGAGUAUUGCGAGUCCCGGCCCGCCUAAUUUGUCUAAGGCGGAAAAAUCGCGCGCCGAUUACAAGUGGCUCGUAACGAAGUCGGCCCCGCGGCGAGAGAGGCGCGGCAAAGCAGGCUGUGGGGUAGUGGCGGGGUGCGCGGUGCGCGGGGCGAGGGGGGGAAGUAAGCAGGGUGGUAGCGCGGUGGGCCGCGAGCAGUCUCAGUCGUCCGUCUGAAGUCGCGGCGGCCGGCCGGGCCGCGCGGCGCAAUACACGUUCCUCGUGCUCUUGUGAUUGUAAAUUUAAUAAGACAAAAUUAAAAUUUAAAAAUUCUAACCGCGUCUAAUCGAAGAUAUUUUUAGGCUAAAUUUCCCCGAUUUUUUAAACCUUAACUGUUGGCAGUGGAUAAAAAAGUUUUGCUAAAUUUUUAAUAUUUACGUCGGUUACAUUUGUAAGAGAUUAAAGGUUUGGGCGUUAUUGAAAAAUAUUUUUAUUUAAAGUUUAUUUUUUUUAAAUAGCGAACGACAAGUGAGCAUUUGAUGAUAAAAUAAUGGAUAAGCGUUGAAUUAAUAUUAAGGAUUUAGAAAUAAUUAUUUGAGACUGGCUGCCGUAUACUUUUUAAGUGUAGUUUAAGUUUCGGACAAUUGUGAUUUUUAUGGACUAAGAAUUUCGCAUAGUUCCGGACGUAAAUAACCAUUGGACCAAGAUUCUUCACCACUGGACAAUCACACAACGCAUAUUUUCUUUAAAAGAGCCAGCGGAGCGCCACGGGCAGUUUCACAUCGGAUAGGUGUAUAAAAUCAUAUUAAUGAGCGGGCGAUGCGGCUCGAGUAGCGCGGGGGCCUGCCCGCCGCCCGUCCGGCCAAUCGAGGCCCGUCUAGCGGAUGAUGUCAUCGGAGGAGGAGGCCGACUCACACGCGCCCUACUCGGAUAAGCUCCUAAAGAAACAGAAACGCGUCAGACAGCGCGUGGACGCCGGUGAGCCGCGCAAUUCUUAUUCAACUCUCGCGACGAACGGACCCGCGCCUGCGCGCUCCGCACACAUGAGUGGGGGACUUUACGGCGCCAUCUUCGAGGGUCGCCAACACUUCGGCCUUUUCGGUCCUUGCUACGCGCCAGCUGAAAUGCUCAACGAGCUGCUGGGCCGCGCACCCAAACAGGAGGACAACGGCGAUGACACCAACGGUGGUGACGUGCUUCGCGAUCGUGUUCUCAGAGAUAUUCUUCAGAGUCACAAGAAGGAACUCAUGCGACUCUCCCCGGAUAAUAAUAAUGUGCUGGCAAAUAAUAACAACGAUGAGCCUAAGGACGAGAAGCGGUCACCUGAGCGGCCGAUAUCGCGAGACUCACGACCAGACCUCGACGACGCGCUCCUGAGACUGGACAACGCUUGCGAUUCUCGCACCUCACCGCCGCCUGCGCCGCAACCUUCAGAACAGCUUCUCGCUCCUAAGUCGGAACCUGAAGACCGCGAUAGUGACGCUCAAAGGUCUUCUCCGCGACCACAGGAUGUGAAACGUGCUCGUGUUGAAAACAUAGUGUCUACAAUGCGUUCUAGCCCUGCGCCUCAGCAACCUCAAGUGAACGGGUGUAAGAAACGAAAGUUAUACCACCCGCAGCAACACGACGGUGCUGCAGAGAGGUACGGUGCCAGCCACAGCAGUAGUGUACAGACAGUGUCAGAGGACUCCGAGGAUGACGGUGAGCGACCUCCGAUACAACAAAAGUUAGUAGAAAAAAAUGCUUUAAAAUCACAAUUAAGAACUAUGCAAGAACAAUUAGCUGAAAUGCAAGAGAAAUAUUUGCAACUUUGUAAUCGCAUGGGCCAAGAGUCAGAGACUAUAGACAAUGAUGGUGCAUCUAGUGAUGUGGAACAAACUGAGGAUACUGUUCCGAAAUCAGAACCUGCAUCACCUGCAAAGGAAGUUCCACCGCCAAUACCUAACAGUGCACCACCAAACAUGCUCUCACAGGUGAUGAGCAAGAUGAUCUCUGCUAAGAUCCAAGCCACCCAUCCACACCUGCCACCUGGCUUCAAUGGGUCACUCCCCCUGUUGCCCCAUCUGCCGCAUGGUGAACACAUGCAUCCUCCGCACACGCAUCAACACCUCAGCAAUGCAGCCGCAAUGUAUUUAAAUGUUAGCCAAAAAUUAUUUUUAGAACAAGAAGCGCGCAUGAAAGAGGCUAGUGAACACCAACAAAAUAAUCAACAUAGGCCACAAUCUAACCAACACUCGCCCCAACAAAGACAAAUGGGGCAAACGCCAAAACCGCCCCUACCUUCAGAGCUAGCGGAACGACUAGAUGCAUUACGAAGCAAUGCAGGGUCAGUCGGCUCUAUCACAGGGGCAGAUCUAGAAAGCCUCGCUGAAGUUCUUAAAAGUGAAAUCACAGCGUCCUUGGCGAGUCUCAUUGAUUCUAUCGUAACACGCUUCGUGCACCAACGACGCAUAAUGGGCAAGCAAUCAGAGGCAGCUGCGGCUGCUGCGGAGCAACUGAACAAGGAUUUGAUACGAGCAUCGAGAAUGCUGGAUAGAAAAUCGCCACCGCCGAAAGCGCCUGAGCGACCGCCGGGACAAAUGCCAGGUAACCAACCCGUCCAUCACCCGGGCGCCCCAAAUGGCGUCCCAUUUAUGACCAAUAAUCAAAUUUUUAUGAGCCAUAUGAAUGGCCCCCGUGCGCCAGGCGGCGCGGCGUUUCCGCUGCACCCCGAGGCGGGCGGGCCAGGCCACGGCGCUCACAUGCGACCUCCGACAGGCCUGUUCCAGACGCCGCAGAAGCCGAUGCCGUCGCACUUCGGCCCGAUGAAUGGACAUUAUGAUCGGGAACAGAACAUGGACCCCAGCGAGCCUCUGAGUUUAGUCGUGACGCCAAAGAAGCCUAAGCGGCAUAAGGUGACAGACACGCGAAUCACGCCCCGCACCGUAAGCCGAAUCCUAGGAGAAGGAAUGGGGCACUCCCCUGAAAGCAAAUUCCCCGAGUCGCCUUCUCCACGCCCGUACCCUGGAGGCAUGGCCUUGCCGACGUCAGUUGCGAUACCGAAUCCGUCACUACACGAGAGUCAAGUGUUCUCGCCGUACUCGCCAUUUUUUGUGGCGGGUGGAGGUUUAGCGCGGUCACCGCCCGCGCCGGAGCGGGACUCUCCACCGCUGCCAAACGCACCGACGAUGCUGCACCCUCUGCUCGCGGCGGCACACCACAGCUCGCCAGACUACCUGCGGCACCACCCACACCAUCCGCACCAUGCGCCGCACCAUCCUCACCACAUGGACGCGCAGGACCACUCUGACUGCAACUCCACAGACCUGCCUUACGACGGAGUCCAGCCUACUUCUUCAACAUUAACACCGAUGCACCUACGCAAGGCAAAGCUGAUGUUCUUCUGGGUGCGGUACCCAAGUUCUGCGGUUCUCAAGAUGUACUUCCCCGACAUCAAGUUCAACAAAAACAACACAGCACAGCUCGUCAAAUGGUUCUCAAACUUUAGAGAGUUUUACUACAUUCAAAUGGAGAAGUACGCCCGUCAGGCCAUAAGCGAAGGUCUGAAGACGGCGGACGACAUCCACGUUGCUGGAGACUCUGAGCUGUACAGGGUUCUCAAUCUACAUUACAACAGAAAUAACCACAUUGAAGUUCCACCAAACUUCAGAUACGUGGUCGAGCAGACUCUCCGGGAGUUCUUCCGCGCCAUCCAGGGCGGGAAGGACGCCGAGCAGAGCUGGAAGAAGUCCAUCUACAAAGUCAUCUCGCGACUUGACGACCCCGUGCCGGAGUACUUCAAGUCGCCAAACUUCCUUGAGCAGUUGGAGUGAGCGCGACGCGCAACGCACACUAGUUUCGGCAACAAAAUUCGAAAAUAAAAAAAUGAAAACAUUGGACUAUUGUUCGCACACCAAAAUUAUACGACACUCGCAUUUAGGCCUUCAGAUUCAAAAUUAUUAAUAAAAAGUUAAAUUAAAUUAUUGAAAUGGAAUUCGUACGUUGAACGUCGGUAGCGUGGCGGAGGGCGGAUCGCACCGCCACGGCCUCGGCUCUCCUAGGAAAUUCAUUAGUUUAUAUGAGUAAGAAGAAAUUUAAGUCACCUAGAAUUUUAUUUGUGCACAUAAUAUAUUUCGCUAUAUAUAAUUAUUAUUAUAUUAUUAUUAAGUAUUAUCG